CUUUUACAUCUUUAUUCCCACGCGCUGUUAGUUUCGCGUGGGGCCAAUGGCUCCACGUCCCGAGCUACACCGAUAAUGGUUCCUCUCAGUAUUUAGUCAUCACCACCGCCUUUUUCCCUUCUUCAAUCAAACCUUUCCCUUUUUUUCAAAAAACUCAAUCCAACUAUCCAAUACCAAACUACCCUUUUCCUUUCAUGGCCGAUAACAAUCCCCGCCGCAAAUCCAAAAUGAAGCCUUCAGCAACCACCACCACCACCACUACCACCACCACCAGCGACGACCCCCCACAUGACGCUUUUCCUGACGAAUACGACGCCGAGGUAUGGGCCUCUUUUGACCAAACCUUCCGGCAAGUCCAAUCAGUGCUGGACAGAAACAGAACUCUGAUUCAACAAGUGAAUGAGAAUCACCAAUCUCGAAUCCCAAGCAACAUGGUUGACAACGUUGCUUUAAUCCAAGAACUUAAUGGAAACAUCUCUAAAGUUGUUUCCAUGUACUCUGAUUUCUCCUCUGAUUUCUCCACUGCUUUCCAUAACCACAAACCCAGAAGUGGUAAAAGAGGCACCACCAACCCAGAUGCUUGAACAAUUCAACCCACAGCAAAAAACAAAAAACAAAAACAGAAACAAAUUUCCCCAAUUACCUCAUUUUCACUCCAGACCAUUGUUUUUCUAUCCGUUUCAUCAUCAUUCAUCAUCGUCAUCAGAAUCAUCAUCAGUAUCAGCAUCGGCAUUGGUUAGAAAUAAAAGUUGGGUUAGGUUGUGUGGGAAAUGUGAGAGAUUGAAGAACUUCUCACAGAUGGCGUAUGUGUAUGCUUGUGGUGGUGUGAGUUUUUUUUUUUUUCUUUUAUCUAUUCUAAAAUAUGUUUCCUAAUGUAAUAGUUAAUGCAUGGUUCCACCAUCAUCAUCAUUAAUCAUCAAAGAUGACUGUCAGAGUUCAUUGUCA